AUGAGAGCAAGAGCCAGCUCAUCGAGCCCGACGACGCUUCCGCGACUCCCGGUACCUGACCUUCGUCAGACGUUGCAGAAAUACCUGGUCUCUCUUGAGCCGUUCAUGCUAGAGGAUCAAGCUAACGGCGGGUUGCCCCGCGAAGACAGCUACAACCAUAGAGUAAAACUUGUGGAGGAUUUCGAGCGUGGUCUGGGCAGGAUUUGUCAGGACCGCCUUCACGCACUCGACAGGUCAUCACCGAAUAACUGGCUAGAUGACAAUUUCUGGAUGAAAAAGGCGUAUCACGAAUCGCGCGCGCCUCUGCUCGUCAAUUCCAACUGGUGGCUGGCGUUCCACAAUGAUCCCGCCAUACCCGACGACGUCAUCCUUGGACGGCCCUCUUCCGCCAACGGUGGUAUUACUGACUGGCAGGUUCGACGGGCAGCAUGGCUUGUUAGCCGCGUAUUGGACUGGAAAAGCCGCCUGGAUAGGCAAGACAUGUAUCCUGAUACGACAAGGGCAGGGAUCUGGCUGCGAAACACUACGGCAAAAAUAUUCAGUAUUUCCCGUGUGCCCCAAACGCGCUGUGAUACGCUGUCCCCUUUACCUGCGCCAACUGAUUCCGACGCGCGCAAACUCCUCGUUCUCGUACAUGACUGGUUCUAUGCUGUGGAGGUUGUCGAUGACGAUUCCCGCUUUCUUUCGUCCGACGAGCUCGAGCGCAGACUUUCUGCCGUCGUUGCAGACGUAGUUGCACGUCUCGAGAACGGUGAACAUGCGGUUCCAGUAUGCGUGUUAAGCGCAGACGACAGAGAUCGAUGGACGGAGAACCUCGGUCAUCUAUUAUCUCUCUCUCCACAAAAUCAUGCCAUACUGCGCACCAUUCACCACUCUCUUUUCGCACUCAGUCUCGAUCAUUACACAUAUGCCCUGCCUGCAGGCGGCGUAACAGACGACGCCCUUCCCACACCCUGCACCGUUCCUGAAGUCACCGCCCACCUUCAUAAUGUACGCUCGGGACAUGCAGCACGCCCCGCACAUAACCGCUGGUACGACAAGCCGUUCACUCUCAUUGUCGAAUCGAACACGCGUGCAGGAGCAAUCGGCGAGCACUCGCCUUGCGAUGCGCUUGUGCCAAGCAUCGUCGCUGAAUACGCAGUCGUACAAAGUAUCGAACAGGAUGCGUUCGGGCCUUUCCCGGGUGUGACUCCGCAUCAAGUGCAAGGUUGGGAGCGCCUGGAUUGGGUGGUUGAUGAGCACGUCGAGCGGGAGUGUAUUACCGCGGAGGCGAGAGCGAAAGCAAUCGUCGAGGACUCCGAUGAUGGCAUCUUAUGGUUCGAUGCUUAUGGCACGGACUGGAUAAAAAACACAGCACGCCUUUCGCCCGACUCAUACAUUCAGAUGGCGCUCCAGCUGGCGUGGUACAGAACGCGCGGCUGCUUCACUGCGACCUACGAGACAGCGUUGACGCGGCUAUUCAAAAACGGACGUACUGAGACAAUUCGCACGUUCACCACUGACAGUCGCGCGUUCGUUCUCGCAAUGGUCGAUCCGCAAAGUUCGUCCGGAGCGCGACAGUCGUUGCUGCAGCGUGCAGUGCAAACGCACACUAACCUGACGCGUCAAGCCGCGACGGGCCGAGGGAUUGACCGGCACCUGCUUGGACUACAGAUGAUGAUGCUUCCGGGCGAGCGGCAUGAAUUGUUCGAGGAUGAGAUGUUCGCGCGCAGUCAGACAUGGAAGCUAAGUACGAGUGGCUUGAGUGCUGGAUGUCAAUUUCGUGGAACUGGAUUUGGUGCUUCCUAUCAUGAUGGUUAUGGAAUUAACUAUCUUGCUGGUUCUGAUACCAUCAAGUUUGGCAUUGAGUCCAAACAUUCUCACCCUGAAACCUCAACUGAAUGUCUCAGAAAUGCCAUUGCUCAUGCAUUGAUGGACAUGUAUCAGUUGCAUGGCCCUUCUGAACUAUCUCACUUGUAG